AAUGUUCACUGUGACUAGUUAACGGACACUUCUCUCAUUUGGCUGUUUGCUUCCUUACGACGUAGUCUUAGCCCAACAUGAAGCCAGCGGCCACCAGCCCUGCACCGGGGGAUGAGAGUAAGAGUGUCCCUCUUCCCCAAGGCUGGAGAUGUUACAAGUCACCCGAGGGAUGCAGGUACUACGUCAACACCGGCAGCAAAGAAACAACAUGGAAACGGCCCUCUGCUACUUAUGGAACCCCAGUGAGACCACCGGCACAAAGGAACUCCUUACCAGAAGUCAAUGGAACACGUUACACCACAGGAAGUUCUAUGCAUCCCACGGACCCCCCUGGCGUGCCCCUACGGAGAACCACUAUGGACAAACAGAACCCAGGGAACAAUUCACCAGCCAAGAGACAGAACAAGGAGAUCAAGGAGACCAAGAUAACAAUCAACUGUGUCACCUUCCCGCUGCCCAGUGUGACGCCAGAUCAGCCAGAGCAGCAGCUACUGAAGCCCAAUGAGUGGAGCUACUGUGACUACUUCUGGACUGACAAGAAGGACCCCCAAGGGACCCCCUCUGUGGGCGGCUUUGAGGUGCUGCUGCAAAAACAGCUCAAGGGCAAACAGAUGCAGAAAGAGAUGGCUGAGUUCGUCCGGGAGAGGAUAAAGAUUGAAGAUGAAUACUCUAAGAACCUCUCCAAGCUCUCCCAGAGCCCCUUGGCUGCUCAGGAGGAAGGAACCCUUGGGGAAGCUUGGGCCCAGCUGAAGAGGAGUUGUCAUGACGAGGCUGAAGUCCACCUCAAGUUCUCCAACAAGCUCCAGUGUGAGGUGGAGAAGCCCCUGCUGACGUUCAGAGACAACUUCAAGAAGGAGUUGAAGAAGUACGAUCACCACAUCAUAGACCUCAGGAAGCAGCUGGCCAGCCGCUAUGCAGGCGUGGAGAAGGCCCGUAAAGCCCUGGCAGACCGGCAGAAAGAUCUGGAAGUGAAGACCCAGCAACUGGACAUCAAGCACAUGAACAAACACGAGGAGGACAUCAAGAAGGCCCGGCGGAAAUCCACACAAGCAGGUGAUGACCUCAUGCACAAUGUGGACCUGUACAACCGGGCCCAGUCCAAGUGGUUUGAGGAGAUGGUCACCACAAGCCUGGAGCUGGAGAGACUUGAGGUUGAGAGGGUGGAGAUGAUACGACAAAAUUUACGCCAGUACACAACGCUGCGACAUGAAACUGACAUGUUCAACCAAAGUCUCUUCCCUGGGACCUUAGUGUACAGGAGUAGCGCAUUAUGUUUUCUGUCAAUAUACCUGACGGUGGAGCCAGUGGAUCAGCUGCUUCAGAGUGUGGACCCAGCCAAAGACCGAGAGCUGUGGGUGCAGGAGCACAAGACCGGGGAUCUCCGCCCUGUGGACAUGGACAUAUAGUCAACUACAUUGACGUACCUCAAGCAGCCAGAGGCAACACCUCCAUACUGUCAGAAUCCCAGGCCUCUCACAGAACAUUCCAACUACAGGUGCAGGUGCAUGUAUGUUCAGGAUAAGGUGAGGCCUGUACAGUCUGUCUAUGAUGACAUCAGAAUAGCACAAUGUUAACUCAGUGAUAACUGGAGAAAAGUUAGCAUUUCCAAUGCAGUGCUUUUGAACCUACAAUGGAAAAACAAGAGACCAAUAGUCCAAAUACCAGCAUGUUACAGUAAUACAAUGUUUGAUAGUUUUACUCUGUAUAAUGAAUGCCACUAAACAAGCUUAAACAAUUAUUUUGGGUUUUAUCUGUUGUAAAAUUAGAAGUUUCCACUAUUAAGAAUGAUACAUUUUUAUGUAUUUGAGGAAUAGAUUGGAUGCAUUGUAAAACCUUAUAAUUUUGGCAUAUAAACUGAACAACUCAUUUUUAACAUUUCACUUUAUUUUAGAUACUGGAAUAUGAAACAUUAUGUGAUAUCCUAGAUUAAAUAUGAUAUAUUUUCAUAUUUACACCCAUUCAUUUUACCUGUCAAGAUAUGCAUGUUUUGGGAAAAUAUCUUACAUUUACUGUAUAUGGUUAAGUGCAUAUUUGUGAAAUAUGAUGGCUGUCUUGGCACUGUAGUACAAUGUAUAUGGGAUGUGUUUACAGAAAGUAUAUACUCCAAGUUACUGCACUCAAUGAACAAGAGUGAAUCAACUCAUUAAGGUUUGUCAUGAACAUGAAUUGAUGUACAACAACCUCUCUCUAAGUUGAAUAGGGUAAGAUGUUUAGGAUUGUGAAACAGCAUGUCUGUCACACGUCACCUCGUGUGGCAGAUUGGAACAUAGGCCUGAGUCUAUUUUGGAUCAGUGGUGAGACAAUGAUGACGACGAUCCAUGUUACAAUGAACACCUUUUAGUGCCUCAAGGUUAUAAACAGUACCUGGAAUGUUCUUGAUAUAUUCUAUUCUGCAUCAGUGUAUAUUUGUAGAUACAAGCUAGAUGUAUUUAGCUGUUAACUGUUUAAGUGGCCUUGCACUUUCGGUCAACUAAAUGUUUGUACCUUGUUGUUUGUCAAUGAAUUAUAACAGGAUAAUAGUCAACAGAUUCUAAAGUCAUUCAUUCAUUUUGCACGCCACUUUGUGAGUCAACCAUUGCUUAGAGUUGGGAAUUGCUAUUUUGCAUUUAUCCUAAAUACAGUCCACUUUGUAUGUCCAAGAGGAGUCGUCACUUGGAAGCUCCAAGUCACAUUUUAAUGACUCGCAAAAAGCUCAUCAGAAAAAGUGGUCAGUGUUACUUGCACUGGAACCUGUGCUUGUCCAUACAUUUCAUACAGUAUGCUAUUAACAGAUAAUAGCACAGCCUUUAGCCAACAUAUCCACCUUAACAAACGUACAUGAUAUAAAAUACUGCAUGUUUGUGUGUCUGUCUGUCUGUCUGUCUGUCUGUCUGUCUGUCUGUCUGUCUGUCUGUCUGUGUUUUGCCGUUAGUUAUUCUGGAAGUGUAACAGAGCAGGGACUUACUGUGUUUAUGGACCAUCUCCUCAGACUAUCACUCCUUUCAUAUUCUAAUGUGGAUAAUACAUUCACUAUGCCAAGACAUGCAAACAGAGAACACAUCUAUUCAGUAUAUAGACAACGUCUAUUCAGUAUAUACAUGCCUUAUCCACAUUGUUUCUAGGUGAGAAAAUAUGAAAAUACCACUGAAAUGAUUUGCAUUAUUCUAUCCCAAACUAAUCCAGAUUGAAAUGUUGUACUUAUUGUAUAAGUUGUCCUGCUACAGUAUGUGUCAAUGUUAUAUGUGUUAUGGUAAAGUUCUUACAUUAGAAGUUAAUGUACUUAACUUAACCACUCAUUUUGUAGUAAUGUUAAUGUUGAUUUAAUUGCCUUUUGUUAACCGAUUUCCAUUUCUCAUGUACAUCAAUUCAAAUGUUUCCAAUCUUUAAAGAAAUGUCAAAUCAUCGGUGACCUUUGUCCAGACAAUAUACUGUAGAAUGCUGUGUUUACAAUAAAUCGUUCCCUUGGAAAUACGAUUUGACAA